ACGAGCGUUACACAUUAUUCUUAAAAGUUUCAAGUAUUUGAAUAAUGAAUACCAUUUAUAGAAAUUUAUCGGUACCAUUACGACAUUUAAUAGUAUUUACAGCGAAUCCAAUAUUUCAAAGAGGCUCAGUUAGGAGAUUGACUAUGGAAAUCGAUAGAGAAGAAUUAAAAAAACGUUUGACGUCGUUACAGUGGCACGUCACACAGGAAAAAGGUACAGAGAGACCUUUUUCUGGUUGCUACAACAAAUUCUAUGAGAAAGGCACAUACACUUGUAUAAUUUGUGAUCAAGAAUUAUUUUCUUCUGACACAAAGUACGACAGUGGUUGUGGUUGGCCUGCAUUCAAUGAAGUAUUAGAUCAGGGACGAGUCAAGUUAACCAAAGAUACUUCACAUGUUGGUGGAAAUCUACUACUGCUGAUCGCAAACCCAGAUAUGGUGCGGACCGAGGUGACCUGUUCAAAGUGUGAAGCUCAUUUGGGACACGUAUUCAAUGAUGGGCCAAAACCUACAAGAAAGCGAUUUUGUAUCAAUUCUGCAUCUAUAAACUUCCAUGCAGCAGGAGAGGAGAAGAAGACAACAUCAUAAAACUGGCAGAACACAAAAUUUUAAACUGCUUAAGAAAUUUAAUGUAAUUCGUACUAUAAAAAGAU